GCCACCCAACAAGUCAUCGGUGUAGCACUGCGGUACUAGGAGCUGUACCAGGUACGUGCGGUAUGCCACAACACGUGGGGGUCGACCCUUCUGCCAUCUGAUUUGCUCUUGGCGCAUACGUUCAGUUGCGGUACGAGGCGUGAAAGAACCGCACAACUCGAACCAGACAGCGUCCGAUACAACGUUCAUGCAAAGCUCCUCGACCGACGACGAGCUCUCGUUUGCGACCAUCACGGCGUUGCUCGCAGGAACCACCGACCUCGACGACAUGACGAGCUCGUCCUCAUCUUCGUCCUCCAGUUCGCCAACACUGCCAGCCCGCCAAACCGCCAAAAACACCAAGCAGCGCUACAUCCGGCCCAAGCAAGAGCUCGAGUCGCUUCACGCCGAGCGUGCGAGACUCGUCCGGAUGCUGAACGCGAUCCAAGCACGGCUCGACAGUGUUCCGGCAUCCGCGCGGCGCUGGCAAACCCGCGCCAUCGAGCAAGCCCAAGGCGUCCAAAAAGCCACCCAAGAGAACGCCAAGCUCAAGUGUCUGCUUCGCGACCAGCGCCAGACGAUGGCGGCGCUAAAGAAGCUUCUCACGACACCCCCGUCCGCGCUGCCACCUCUCGGUGUGACGUGGAAGCAGGCCAUCCUCCAACACACGCACCGCAUGAACGACGUAAACCGCCUGCUCCAGCACCAGUUCGACAAGCGAAGCAGCGAGUGGGUCCGUUUUGGCUUGUACGACGUCCGUGACCGGUGUCUCGAGAUGCGCAAAGCGUUUGUGGAUCCAUUGCGCAGCUCGGACGAGACGUUGUCAGUGGUCUUUCUGCUAUCAAAAACCGUGCUCUUGCCUGUGACGACCGUCAGCAACGUGCUCUGGCACCACAAGGCGCAGCCCACGCAUGGCACGGCACUGGCACUCGAUGGCUCCCAAGAUGACGAUCUCGCCUACCACCGCGACCAAGUUCACUUGCCAGCCCGAACGCUACCGCCGAUCGAGGCCCGGACGGUGCUAAAACGCUACGUCCAGGACGAGCACAAUGUCACCUUGGUGUGGCAGUCGGUCGCCAGCGACCCGCUGUACCCACACUCGACCAAGGUCGUCGGCCGCCGCGAAGGCUGGACAACGAUCGACGCCAUCAAGGGGGGCGCGUUCGUGCAGCUGUUUGUGCGACUGUCGCUGCCAAUGUUGCUAUUGACGAGCGAGACCAUGUCGGAACUUGGCGUCCAUGAGGUUGUCUUGCACACCUUUGAGACCAGCUGCUUACAAUUUUGCGCUCAAUUGGACCGAGUGAUCCGCGCCUGUCAGCAGCAACAGACCUUCGAGUGGCAGUAAACGUAAAUGUAAAGUGUGUACCAGUCC